CGGUAUACGCGCGUGUGUAUACAUAUGCUAUACGUAUUUGGUACUGGUAGUCUGUCAACGGCAUGCACCUUCCCUCGCAAUUUUUUCUGCUUUUGUUGGCAUUUCAACCAUCGGAACUGCAAAAAUUAGUCGCAAUAUAUUGCUUGAACUUCAAGGAAUUAAAUAAGGAUAUUCAUUCAACUUAGUGACUUCUCGCUUUUUUUAAUUCAAGCACUUCAUCUUGGAAUAAGACUUGAAUAUUCGCGUGUGGAUGUUAAUCGGGGAGCGGGUUUGCUCGCCUUAGCCGUGGGUCGUCAGCCCGGUAAUUUUGCUAACGACACGCUCAAAAUUCCAGCACUGCAGAACUACAACUAAAAACCUAGCGGCUAGCCAAGUACAAAUUGCAAUACAAAAAAAAAGAAAUUGUAAACUAUUGAUCUUUUAAAUAUUACUCAACAUUAUAUACCGGGUACCAUACAAUCUCAGUCUACUGUAUACAGUGUUAGCUGUGUUAGUUGUUAGUCGCUUUAAUUCAACUUCAAGUCAGACAAGUGCAAGUCAAGACUGUAAAAUUAACGUUAAGUCUCCCGACUCAGCUCAGCAGGCUCAGCUUACUUUACUCCGAUCCUUGAGGCUCAAGCUUGUUUCAUCUCCUUACUUCUACUACUACUAGUACUAGGCCUAACCUUAGGCCUAACAAUUAGCCAUUGUCAUUGACGUUUUAAAAGCGCAAAUAAACCUGUACCCCUACCACUCUAGGCGGUAAAUUGUCAAUCAGGGGAUAAAAUUUUUUAGACUGGACUGGACAGAAGUCUGGAAGUUACUCAAGCCAGGAACACUGCCUUCGUUGUACUAGUUCUAGCUUUUUUUUAAUUCAGCAGUCCAGCACAUUUCUAACGCAUUUCAAUUUGUCAACUUUCAUGAUGGAUUUGUUUCAGAAAUUCAAAGGCAAAUUUAAAGGGCCUUCAGACGCCGACAGUCGUUCCGGGCAAACCGGGAGGCAUAUGGGUGAAGGACAGUCUACAGGACAAGCAAAAAAUAUGUCGUACACACCCAAAAGGCACUCGCUCAACACGGACUAUGAAAUAUCAAAGAAGGUUCUUGGACUUGGUAUCAAUGGCAAAGUACUUGAAUGUAUCGACAAGAAGACUAAGGAGAAAUUUGCAUUGAAGGUGUUAGCAGAUAAUACCAAGGCAAGAAGAGAGGUAGAGCUACACUAUAGGGCAUCGUCUCUUAGCUCUGGAUAUCCAAUCAACAUUGUUCACAUUAGAGAUAUCUAUGAAAAUAUGUACAAUGGUCAAAGAUGUCUUCUAGUUGUCAUGGAGUGUAUGGAAGGAGGAGAGCUCUUCAGCAGAAUACAAGAAAGAUCAUCCUUCACAGAAAGAGAAGCAGCAGAGAUAGUGCGUAGCAUAGGUCAAGCUGUCCUUCAUCUUCACUUAAUGAAUAUUGCUCAUCGUGAUCUUAAGCCUGAAAACUUGUUGUAUCGUGACAAGACACCACACUCACUCCUCAAGCUCACAGAUUUUGGUUUUGCCAAAGAAACAACAACAACCAAUCUUCAGACACCCUGCUAUACACCUUACUAUGUUGCUCCAGAGGUUCUUGGACCAGAGAAGUAUGAUAAGUCAUGUGACAUGUGGUCAUUAGGAGUCAUCAUGUACAUCCUAUUAUGUGGGUUUCCACCAUUCUACAGCAAUCAUGGCAUGGCUAUAUCACCUGGUAUGAAACGUAGAAUCCGUAAUGGUCAGUACGAGUUCCCUGAUCCUGAAUGGAGUAAUGUUUCUGAAGAUGCUAAGAAUCUAAUCAAGAAACUCCUACGUACAGAUCCAGCUGAGAGACUUACCAUACAAGAGUUCAUGAACCAUACAUGGGUUAGGCAAUGUAGUGCUGUUCCUGCUACUCCACUCCAUACCAGCAGUGUUAUGAAGGAAGAAGGUGUAGAGCAAUGGGCAGACAUCCAGGAUGAGAUGACUAAUGCCCUAGCAACAAUGAGAGUUGACUAUGAUCAGGUCCGUAUUAAAGAUGUCAACAUGUCAUCCAACCCACUGCUAGCAAAGAGACGUAAGAAAGAACUAGCAAUGCAGGCUGAAUAGAUUCUACUGCAUAAAGGGCUUUUAUGGACAAUAAACAAGAUGGGAAAAGGCCGGUCUUAAUAUCAGCAGAUUUACUCAACAUAACAGAUAUUUUCACACUUUUACCCAAAUAAACUGUUCAAGAGAGACAACAGUAUUGAUAAGUCUUUCUGUACAAAUAGUCAUAGUAUACCUCUUUCAUGCAUUAUAGUCAAGAAUGUAUGGAGGUAUUUUUCAAUAUAUCAUUUGUUUGAAAUAUUUAUCAACUGAAUUAUUCAUAUCCAUACCUACUGAUUAAUCAUUAAAAAAAAGAUCUUUUGUUUUUCAGUAAAUGUUUCUUAAGAAUAUUACUUAUUGAGUAAAGAUUUUCAAUGAUCAAUUCACUGUUUUAAUAUUGAUUUUGCAUCAGUAAUUUGAUUUGCUAAAUGUAUUCAACACACCUGGUUCAAGAAGUUUUUCCAAUUGUUAAUGAUAUAUGAGAAUUGGAUUUGAAUAAUUCAGUUGAGAAUUGCACACAUAAUACCCAUAAUUAUGCUAGUCAUUAUUACUUGAAUGCUAUUGUGAAGUAGGAAACUUCUUUUGAAAAUCGUUGAUUUGGACAUCAAAUACAUUAAUUCCAUUUGUAAAAUUUAUAUAUAUAUAUCAUUAUCUGUUAUGAAAGUGUGCCGUGAUAUUUGAUGUCCAGUUACAGUGCAUUGCCAAAUACCAACAAAUAAUGAAUCUACCCGGUAAUUGGAAAAUGAGACUUGUAUAUUCCAGAAAAAAAAAAUUGAACAUAUUUUGGUUGUUAUUGAGAGUCUUAUGAUGGUUGUCCGUAUAUCUUUCAUCUCUUUUAUUAUAGUAUUAGAGUUACUGGUGGUCUAUCUGAGAUUGGUUUUUAAAAGCAAAUUAACUUAUAUUAUUGCUGUAUAAAUCCCUUAUUUCAUAUCUCUUCCUCAAGUAUGGUCCCUUUUAAUUAUUUACUAAAGACAUCUGGUCUAUUUUUACUUUUAUUACAUAAAUUUGAAGGGUAAUUUUUUUAAUCAGGGAUAUAUACAUCCAUCCUUUUUUUAAAAUAAUUUUUUUAAUAUAGAUUUGCUUCAUUAUAAUUCAAUAAUGAGCAGCUGUAUAUUUUUAUAAAUGCUCAAAUAAUGUGCAAGACAUACAAAUAAGUUUAUCUCAGUAUUCUUUUUAAAAGACAUGCUGAAAUGGAUCAAGUUAGCUUUGAAAUCAUGGAAUAUAAAUUAAAUUGUAUAUGAAGGAUCCAAGAGAAAUUUAUUGAAAAGGGUAGAAAUACUCCUAUAUUUAAUGAUUUAUAAAUAUCUUCCCAUUUCAGACACAAUUAUGAAUUGGUUUCAUUUUACUUGUACAUGGUAAUAUCACAGAAUUCAGGAAGAAAAAAAAGUAUAAAUCUUUUCCAAGUGGACUGAUCACUGACGUACUGAUUUUCAGGUGAAAGAAUGAAAUCUGUCAUUUUUUCUUUUUUUUUGGGGGGGGGUUAAAGUGGCCAAAAUAACAGAAGUCAUUAGUGACAUCCAUUGCUCUGAUUAGAUCUGGUACACAAGAAUAAUAUGUGCCAAAUGACAUGAUUUAUUGCUCUAGGUUUCAAAUUUUGCAUCGUGAUAAGUCCAACUUAUUGAAAAGUAAUAAGUAUACUCCCAGACGAAGCCUAAAACAAUGUUAGAGAAAACUUUUCAAUAAAGCUAAAAAACAUUAAAGAGGCCAUUUUAUUAAGCAUUAUACAUCUGUUUACUAUUAAAAGGUUAAAAUCCACAUUGUUUCAGAAGUGUGUGAAAUUGUUUAAACCUAUGUUUUGUAAGGAUGAUGUUGAAUGUUAAGGGUCAAAGACAAAAGUUUGUAUAUUUUAGAUACUUCCUUAAUUGUGAUGCUGCUACUUCAUGUUCGGUAAGGGAAAAAAUACAAACAUUUUGUUGUAACCUCAUUUUAUAUGUUUAUGCUCCUCUAGUAGAAUGUUUUAUGCAGAAUUUGAUAAAUGUUACUAGAAAGAUUUUGUAAAUCUGAAGACAAUUGUAACCCAGUAUAUUUUGUUUCUGGAUAAUUAGCUGUAUACUAAAUCUAUUUCUUUUAUAUUAAAUUAUAAUUAGAAUUUUGUAAUGUAAUAUAUUUAAGGAAUAUUAUUUUGAAAAAACAAAAAAUGCUUUAUUUACUUACUAGUUGAUUUAAAAUCACACUCAAUUACCUGUAGCCUUUUUUAAAUUCUUUUUCACUUAAUUUCUGAUUAGUGUGUCAUUUGUGCCUUCAAGUUCAGUAUCAGAAUAAUUCUUUUGACAGUAAAAUGGCUCUCGUCAUUCACAAAGUUCCCCUUUUCCUCUAUUCUUUCUAAUCUCUUCCAUCGUAAUAUUAAUACAAUUGUCUUCUUUGUUACAUUAGAUAUUUCUGGGUUACUCAUACCCUUAAAUCUCCCAACAUUGAUUUUAGAAUAUUUGCCAUCUCAGGUGCUGCUAGUUAAUUGUAAUAUUUGAGUGUUUGAUCAUAGCAAUAGGUUCUGUUAUGUGAGUUUUUGUACAUAGUUGUCUCAUUUUUGAAAGUUUUUACAUGUAUCUUCAUUUUGGAGAAAUUACAAGCUUGGUGUGAAAUACAUAUGGGGUUGAUUCCAUUCAGCCUUAUAUGUUCAUUUUUAUGAAAGGCUUGUUCAAAAAUUUAAUGCCAUUACAUUAUCAAUGGGAUUCCAUCUUCAAAUAUAUCCUUGUAUUUCUUGAAUUAUUGAAAAUGUGAUAACUUAAUACAGGUACCGGUACUAUCUAUUUUCACAUCCAUGUACAAGCUGAUGAUUUUUUAAACUUCCUCAAAAUGUGUUAAAGGAUGUAAUUUUUUUUAUUGUGAAAACUUAAAUUGUGACCUUAAUUACAAGUCUACAAUACUGAAAUGGUUUUAACCUCUUGAUGAGAGUGAUCACAAAAGGGAUCUUAUUUCCUAAAAAUGUAUUUUAAUGUAUUUUAAAUGAGCAAGAUAUGAUAAUCAUGAAAGAUGAAGCCAUUUUUAAGAUCACUAUUUCAUAUGAUAAAGAUUGUCACAAAAUGCAGACCAUAUUGGUUUGAUGUCAAAUAUUAUACAUGUACAUUAGGUAAAUAAAAAAAAAGCAUAAAAACUA